AGGGCGCAGGCGGACUGCGGGGCGGCGGGCGGGGCCGCGGAGCCCGUAAAAGCAGCGCGGGCCAAAGCUCUGCACCGACAGCGGCAAUCAUGGCGCGUCCUCAUCUCUCGCUGGCGAUGGGCCUGGCCCUGCUCGCGAUCUGCCUCCUGGCGCUGGUCCCCGACGGCCGCGCCGAGCCGCGGGACCACAGGACCGGAGAACGCAAGAACCUGGCCACCAACGACCCGCAGGUGCAGAAGAUGGCGCAGACGGCCGUGACCACCUUCAACCAGGGCAGCAACAGCGUCUACUACUACCGCGACACCAACAUCAUCAAGGCGGAGAGACAGCUGGUGGCUGGCAUCAAGUACUACCUGACCGUGGACUUGGAGAGCACAGCAUGCAGGAAGACCAGGGUCUCUGGAGCCCGCGUGGACCUCACCACCUGCCCCCUGGCCACAGGGGUGGAGCAGGAG